UUUUUUAAAUUUGUUUUUUUAUUUUUUAUUUUUUUAUUUUUAAUUUUCUGCUCCCUUUCUUCGCGAAUUCCUUGCCCACAGCGGCAACCACCACACGUGACUGUUAUCGAUAAGGGCUGGCAUCUUUGACCGGAACGCGCGAAAACAACCGCCAUCGUCACAAUUCCAAGUUCACCACCGUUGGGCUGCAUUGGGAAUCACCAGCAAGAUGUCUGAAUUGCAAGAUUUUUUGCUGGUAGUCGAGAAUAACAGAGAAGAGGCUCUGGGAAUUGCUAGCAUAACAGCCCAAAAACUUGAAAGCAAACAAUCAACUUUGAUCGACGUUGUUCAAUCCCUGGGAGAAUAUAUCAAUGACGAAAAUCCUGUUAUCCGGGGGAAGGCGGUUUCAUAUUUGACAGCCGUCAUAAGGGCCCUCUCUCCGAAAUUGCUUUCCCGCCAACAAAUACAGGCUCUGACAGAUUUCUACUGCGAUCGAAUCGCAGAUGGAGGGGCAAUUGCAGGCCUGGAUAGGCUUCAAGGCCUUGAGCGCUUUACUAAAGAUAUGACUGAGGGGGUUAUACGAUCGAUUUUCCAGCACUUUCCGGAUUUACAGGCUCGUCCACAAUCACAACGUUUCCAACUUCUUCAGUUGCUUAAUGGGUUAAUGUCAAACCACAGAAAAGCACUGCGAGAUAUGGGUGACGAAUCGCUUGUUGGAAUUGUUGACCUUGUGAGCGGAGAGAGAGAUCCAAGGAAUCUCAUGCUCAUUUUCUCCAUUCUUAGGGUCCUGAUGGUGGAAUGGGACAUAACCAAAAAUGUUCAGGCCCUCUUUGAUUCGGUAUAUAAUUAUUUUCCCAUCACCUUUAAACCUCCGCCAAAUGAUCCAUACGGAAUCACAGCGCAAGAUUUGAAGACCCGCUUGCAAGAUUGUAUUUCGUCAACGCAGCUUUUUGCCCCUUACGCAUUCCCUUCACUCCUAGAUAAACUAGACUCUACAUCACUAAAUGUGAAAAAAGACGCCUUGAACUCGCUCUAUGCAUGCAUAUCCUCAUACGAUCCGGCUACUCUGUCGCGCUACUCGAUAAGCGUCUGGGACACUUUGAAAUUUGAGAUUCUUAAUGCGCAGGAAGAAAUUAUCACAGAAGAGUCAUUGCGAGUACUUCAAUGCCUCGCAAAGCGACUGUCCACACUUACCACGACAUCUCAAAUUUCAGCUCUCGCACAAUAUCUGAAACCAAUAACAAAGGAAUGUAAUGAACAACUGCGCGAACCGCAACAGAAACAAGCCCAGCCAGCACGACAGAUCUUGAGAUCUCUUUCAUCUGCUUCUUUGGCAUCUUUUGCUCUAAUUAUUCAGGCCGUCGUUGCACCAUUACUCGCAGUUUAUCAAGAUGCUGAUGGAAUUGCCAAGCAAAGAGCUCUCCUGGAAUCUUUUGUAGUUCUAUUUGAUUCCGCUAUUGAUAUAUUUGGAACAUGGACUACACCUGGAUCGGAUCCUGCGCCGGAAAAUCCUCUCUCCUCGUUCCAAGAGCGGUUAAUUGAAAUCUUCAGCCAAGCUCUAAUGGGAUCUGCAAAGGAUGAAACCUCAUUCCGCCUUACCUCCUUGCAAGGCCUGCUUCGCCUAUCUUCCAUUCGAGGAUUCUUGCAGGAAAACGAAAUCGGCCUUUUUGUACAGUAUCUCGAUGACAUUCUGCUCAUAGAGACCUCAGUGAGAGCAGAGCUGAGAAAGGCGGCAAUAGACGCACUGGCUGGGAUAUCGAAACAUAAGCCCCGACUCAUUAUGGAUAUCGCCUUUCCAGCUUUCAUGGCGACGCUUCCGGAUUCCGACAAAGAUGCCGAUCCUGUCUAUCUUACAACGCUUGAAAGCCUUGCUCAAAUCAGCAUUGAAAAAGACAUAUUCGAAACCUUCGUCCGGCGCCUCUUGAGCAGGCUUGAAAUUGUACUUCAGCCCGGAAAUACAAGCACUUCCGCAUAUCCCCGUGCGAUUUUGUUGACGAUACUCUAUGCUAUGGAUCGAAAAGGCUUGCAAAACGAUUCGAACAUUACCUACUAUUAUGAUCAGAUACUGGUGAAAUUGACUAGCCGGGCGGCCAUCGCAACGACCGAAGAUGAUACGACCACGGUUAUGAAGGACUCGUCCUUACUGGACGUCCUUGGGCGCCUGUGCAACCUUAUUGUCCGGUCCCUUCCCCGCGAGAAACAGGAUGAAGUUUGCGGGAACGUAUACGCACUUUUUGCAACAGAUGAUAGCUUUAUUCCCAUCCCGUUUUCGUCGACUACCACCUACCUUCGAGAGCAAACAAUGAUCCUGUCAACCUACCUCCUUGCCGGACUCCCUAAGGACUCUAAGCUGCCGUACACCAGCCCCGAUAUGGAAUCUCUUCUUCAGGAACUGGUCCGACGUGCUAUUGCCGAAGAAAACCUCACUACACAUCUCGCACUCGCACGCCAUCUUGCCCUUCUCGUCAACAAAUUUCUCCCAACCACGCAGGUGCCUACCGCAUCCUCAAUCCUUUCGGCCCUCAUCCAAUCCUCCACAUCCACAUCCAAACCGACACCAAACGAAGCCUUCACCUCACCCAAAAUCCGCACAAUAUUUUGGCUAGCGAAGGCAUUGAUACUUCGCCUUGCUCCCUCAACGGCAGAAAUACUCAACUCGCUUUUAGCCCUCCUCUCGUCCUCGGACGCCCAAACAAGCACAACCUCUGGACGGGGAUUUGCCCUCCUCCUAAGCCCAGAUGAUGUUCUUUCCCCCCAAAACGGCGCUGUCAUCCGCUUCCUUUCGAAACAACGCGUCUUUUCCACUCUAAUCCCGCUAAUCUCCCAAAACGUGCGAGAUCUCAACACGGGCGCAACCGCCGCAUCCCAAGUUCCACUCCAUACCAAACAGGCAUACCUAACUGCCCUAUCUGGCAUUCUCUCCACUAUCCCUUCAUCUCUCGUCAUGCCAGAACUACCAACUUUACUUCCUCUCCUCCUCCAAAGUCUAGAUUUGACUGACCCACUAUCACAGCCCAUAAAAGCCGGCACGCUGGAGACGCUAGCUGUGAUCAUCCGCGAUAACGGUGUCAGCGUAAUUAACGAAGUGGGCUACGUCGAUGAUCUCGUGAAGAGGUUGUUGAAGACAGCGGUAUAUAACAAGAAUACCGCAGCAUCAACAUCAACAACAGUAACCAAGGAAACAACCACGGCUGCAACUAGUGCCAAUGACACCUCCACCUCAGUGCCAAACACUCCACACAUCCGCGCACAGUCCCUCCAGUGUCUCCUUCUCCUUGCGCAGACUCCUGGCGUUUCGGAUUCAACCUCACCGGCAGCUAAAGCUGCAAGUGCGAAACCAUCGCCGUUGCUUCCGCUGAAGCAUGUCGUGCUACGCACCCUUAGGUUUGCGCUAGAUGAUCCUAAGCGGGACGUACGGAAGGCCGCUGUAGAUGCAAGGGCGGCAUGGCUGAGGGGGGUAGUGGAUGUAGAGGAGGAUGAAGAGGAUUGACAUAGCUGUGGGAAAGGAGAGGUGCGGUGCUCGUCCUCCAAGCAUGAUGAAUGAAAGAAAGGAAUGGCAUCAAUGGAACUUUUCAGAUAGAAAAAAAAAAGAAAAAAACCUGUUCUUGUUUUGCUUUAACAAACCAUUUUGAUUGUUGUUCUUAUUUUUAGCCUGCCACUUCCUAGGGUUAGAUUUUAUAGAUUCUCCUUUGAUGGAUGUGCACAGCUCUUCACAAUGCUAUGUCCCUUGAUUUAUCUUUUGUAUUGGUCAAAGGUAUCCUUUGCUAGCUCAUAAUCUUCACUAAGCUCUAUAUAAUGUACUUCUUGUUAAAUAAUGUGUGCAAGCUGGCUGAGACUUUAACUGACAGCCUGUUUCACAAAAUUGACAGUCAAUCUGUAGCAAAGUCAAGUUUUUACUUUUGAAUUAACUAGUUAGUCUGUGGACUAAAGCUUGAGGAAGAGAUGCAGAAUGCAACUUACAUCUAUGCCUAUGUUCAUGGAACUAUAGUUCAUAGUUGGCCUAGAAUACAAUACAACUGAUUGAAAAUUUACAGAUUGGU